GUUAAACAUAAACAAAUAUUUCCAUCAAACGUUAACAUUUUCAAAAAAAUGUUCAGAUUCUUAGUAGUUUGUGUUGCCGUUACUAUGGCAUCUGCUGCUCCAGGAAUUGGAUAUGGUGGUUACGGCAGUUACGGAGGUUAUGGAGGUUACGGCAGUUACGGAGGUUAUGGUGGUUACGGAGUUAUUCCAGCUGCUACUAGCUACAGUUCCAGAAUUGACCACCAUACUCCAAUUCUGAAAACAGCAGUAGUUGCUCCAGUAGUAUCGAAAGCUUACGUAUCGCCUAUAAGCUACCACAGCUCUCCCAUUGUAUCCAGUUAUGGCUUAGGACAUGGUUAUGGUGCAGGACUUGGAUAUGGCUCAGGAUAUGGAUACGGUUUAGGACAUGGCUACGAUUUGGGACACGGUUACGGUUUAGGCAACGGUUACAACUUGGGAUAUGGACAUGGUUGGUGAAUGAUCCGAUGAAUUUGUUGAUUUGUUAUUGUUCAAAUCUCAUAUAUGUGUUCAUUUUCAUAAAAUACUGAUGAU